AUGCCCGGAAUAUUGCCCAUGAAGGUCAUCAAAGUCGGCUCGAGCUGCCAGAGCCGCAUCGCCCAAGCCUGCGAUCGUUGUCGCUCCAAGAAGAUACGAUGCGAUGGUAUCCGCCCCAGUUGCACCCAGUGUACAAAUGUUGGAUUCGAGUGCAAGACGAGUGACAAGCUCAGUCGUCGUGCUUUCCCAAGAGGAUACACGGAGUCUUUAGAAGAGCGCGUCCGUGCUUUGGAAAGCGAAGUUCGGGAACUCAAAGACCUGCUGGACGAAAAGGACGAAAAGAUUGACAUGCUAUCGCGGAUUCACUCGCAUUCUCCAGCAUCGCAAGCACCUGCAAGACGAGCAUCGCCACAAUCUCCGGGAAUAUCGGACGGCCGUGAAGAGUCACAAGAGAAGGACGACACAUUCAAGGUGCAGCAGGCACCACAUCUCCUCGACGAUGUAAAUCAUGAUUCUUACUUUGUAGGCAGUUCGGCUGGACGAACACUUGUUGAGGCCUUCAAGCAAAAAGCACAAGAAGCAGGCAGACUCUCAACUGACGUUGACUCGAGUGUCUUCUUCGGCGCAGGUGCAAAGCCAGCUGCCACUCAAUCAAAACGUCCAGUAUCGUUCAAGGCUCCUCCUCGUCUAGUCUCAGACCAGAUGGUCAACAUAUUCUUCCAGGAGUGGGCACCGCUGUUCCCAGUCCUGCAUCGUCCAACCUUCUUAGGUCUAUACGAGCAAUAUGUUGCCAGCCCAGACACUAUGACCGACAAAAAGUCCAUUGCCCAACUCAACCUUGUUUUUGGAAUCGCUGCACUUUCGAGCGACCCUCGCGACGGCCAAGAUGUCGACUCUUUCGAAGCCCAGUGGCAAAGCGCGAUCAAGAGCUUCUUGAUGGCCAACGAUAUAACAACUCUGCAGUGUCUUGUUCUUGCUCAGAUCUUCUGCCUCUUGAGAGCGGAUUACUCUCAACUGCUCAAGUACAAAGGCUUGGCUGUCGGCCUGUCACAACGUCUUGGCCUGCAUCAGUCCCAGAAGCGCUUCGCACUUGACGCGCUGACAUGUGAAACACGCAAGAAGACGUUUUGGUCACUCUACACUGUUGACUGCUUUUCUGCUGCACACAUUGGUCUUCCGAAACUGAUUCGCGAGGAAGAUGUGCACUGUGAGUAUCCUGCAGAUGCUGAUGACGAAUACGUCACAGAGAAGGGAUUCCUGCCGACAUUGCCGGGCGAGUAUACCAAGCUCUCCAGUGCGCUAGCGCUCUUCCGCCUGUCACGUAUCCUGUCCAGGGUUCUCAUGGAACUCUAUCCCGGAUCUGCGUCUCAUGACAUCUCUUUCCGCACCAUAGCAACGUUGGCCGACGAAUUAGAGGACUGGCAAAGCAACCUUGCACCGCACCUCAAGCUCACAUUCGCACAAGACAAACCCAGCACCAACGUCACUAGCAGCCGUUCUCCGAUUUUGUCUCUUGCAUAUCACCACGUCAGGGCUCUGGUGUACCGUCCAGCUGUUGUUGCCAAUCUUGGCGACAGAGCGUCUUCGGCUGUCGUAGCCGUUGGUGAUGCCUGUAAACACAUUGUGCAGAUUGUCGAGCUCCUCGAUGAACGCAAACUCAGCUUCUCCUUCUGCCUCAACCGCAAUGAGGUUCUCGUGCAAGCUGGUUUCGGUCUGCUUUUCCAGGCGCUCAACCUGGCCCGCGAAGGCAAGCUCAUCAAAGAAAGCAACCGUCUCAUUUGUACUGUCAUGGACAUGCUCGAGCACGGAAAUGCCGCUGGCUACCCUGACUUCCGCCGGAUAGGCUGUGGCAUCGUGGCUGUACCAAACGUGGAUCAGAUGCCAGCACCACCCCUCUCGCGGCACAACUCUGAUCAAAAUAUGGGCGCGCCUCUGGAUACUUUCCGUGCCACACAAAAGUCGCUCAAGGCUUUGGCGGCACGCUUCUCCCCAGGUGCCUUGAAAGCUACUCGUGCAGACGCUCGGGAACCGCGUCGUGCAACGCUUCCUGCUCUGUCGCCACACGUAGGCUCUCAUCCUAACCACUCGUCAACGAGUUUAUCUUCAAUUCGGUCAGAACCUCCGACAGCCCGCUCAGAGCCAACUUUGAGCCCAUUGUCUCACCGUGCAUCCUUCUCAAUGCCAAACAAGCGCCACCCGAGCCAAUCUGGUAGUCAACAGCAGCAGCAGCAGCAACGCAAUAUCGACUACAUGUCUUUCCCGAUGGAUCCAUUAGCUGGUUAUGUGAUCUCAAAUAGCAACCAAGCUAUCAAGUCGGAGGUUUCGCCAGCAGAUUGGGAGCGUCUUCUCUCAUCACUGGACAAUGGACAAACAAACAUCUACGAUACAAUUUAUGGCGGUCCACCAGCCGACGCUCUACUCGAUAUGACACCCUUGUCUGCUACCACUGACAGCAACACUACAUGGUCGCCCAAUGUCUGGAACUGGAACAGUUACGCCUCCGAGGCCCCACCACCCCAGAGCGUUCUGAGCUUCAGCGAUGAGAGCUUGACUAGCGGAGAAGAAUUCAAUAAUGCUGCUUGCGAAUAUGGGUCUACGCCUGGUAGCGAUGGCCUGUACCCGGGUAUCAUGAUCCCUGGCGAUUACGAGGAUACCGCGAAUCUGGUUGGGCUGGACGGCAACUACUCCGGAUUGUGA